UUGGGCCAAACCAGGUGGAUAAUUCAUUCUCGAGUCUAGACUUUGGCGUCGAAACUGGUGGCUCGCAUGGCUUCAGCCCUUCUGUGCGCGCGCGGUGUCUCCCAUGGCGCAAACCUCCGCCUCUAUUCCGCUCAUAAUAUCAGCUUAAGACAAAGGCAUUGCCUUCUUGUAGUGAUCUGCUCGUCAUCCCCACAUUCCUGGCCGUCUACCCGCCGGAAGCCACUGUUUGUCGGCCGACGUUCCGCCUCUCUAGCCUUCCUUCUCCUUCACUGUCUUUCCGUUUACCCUAAACGUGCAGCUGCAGGCAGCCCCUUUGAUAAGUAUGUAAAGAGGAAAAAGCUUGAGCCUUUGGAGGCAUAUGUACCUGCCGUUUUAUUGACUGAAGAACAAUUCAAAGAUUUGGAGGAUUCAUUGGAUGUUGGGCAACCAAAAUAUGAUCAAAGCCGGUCAUUACUGCGCUCUGGUCCAGCCGCAUCUCUUCGUGUAAAUAUUAGAGCUGUGGCGCAAUAUGCUGAUGAUGAUGGCAAAGGCAAAGUCGCUUCGGACGCUGUUGACCGAUGUUUAAGAGCAUUGGAGGAUCUCGACUCGCUUCUAUUACAUGCAUCAAGGAAUGAUCCAACGGCCACCAUAAAAUCCAUGAAAUUUAAAAUCAAUGUUGCAUUAGAAUCAUUGGAUAGCCUCCUUCAAACAGUGCCAGCUUCAGUUCUUGAGAAAGGAAAGGCCAUUGCAGAUGCAUACAGAGUUUCUUAUCUGCCAACCGAGGAGAGCAAGUCUGAAGAAAUAGACUCAGUGUUGAAGAAGUUGGAAGCAAUCAUUUAAAAGGUUUUAGCUUCAUCCACAUCAUCUAUUUUCUUCAAUGUUUAUGAGAUUCUUAGUUAUAGUUUUUGUUGUAACUUUCUUUCUCUAUAUAAUUGAUU